AUACAGAAAUAAUUUUCUCCGCUGUGCAUUUUUUUAUAGAAAAAUAUAAUUCAAUUUAAUGAAGAACUUAAAAAAAACUUAAAAACAAUCAAAAUAUACUAAUAAAAUAAAGCAAAUAAAUAAAAACUAAAGAUUUUAAAAAUAAUUUAUAAAUUGCUGUGACAUACAAAAAACAUAUAUUGCAAUUAACAAAGAAGUUUGACUUUUAAAUUUAGUUAAUUUACAACUAACUAUUUGCAUUUGAAGUAAAAAUCAUAAAAAACAAAAAACACUUUAAAAAAAUCAAAAAAAGAUAUGAUGUCUUCAACAUUAAGUAAAAUCCAUGUGACCAAUUCAACGGGUCUUUCAUUAAAUGAACGUUUUACGGCCAUAUCAACACAACCAAAAGUUGUAACCAAUAUUGGUGCAACCCGACGCAGCCGUAGUCGCAGUCGUAGUGUACAGCGACAAGUACCCGUUGCAGCUACAGCCGAACGUAUAACAUCACGAGCCAAUCAACGUUUAUUGGCUCAACUUCAGAGGAAACAUAAAGUACAAGCUGCUUUAAAAUUGAAACGUAGAAGUAUGCGUACCGUUGGUGGCAGAUCGAAUGGUAGUGGUGGAGCUAAUGGCAGAAUACGACGUGGCACUGUUAAAGCAUUUCGCGUAGGAGCAAAUGGUAAACCCAUACGCACCAACAGCCUGACCCGUAUUGCAACCAUGAAUGCUGAUCGCGAGAUUACCAACAAUCGCAGCAGACCCUUGCGUCGUUCUAAUUCAUCAAAUAAUUUAGCUGGUCGUUUGGGACCUAGACGUCCCACUGUGGGCGGUGCUGCCCAACGUGUGGCCAGAAGAAAUAUUGAUCGUCAACGUGGUCGCAAUAACGUUGGCAUUCGCGGCAGAUCUACUGGUCUUAAUAAUCGUGGUCGCUCACGUAGUCGUUCUCGUACACGCACCCUGUCCGAUAAUGGACGCAAUCGUUCACGAACCCGCAACAAUACAGACAAUCAACUUAAUAAUCGUAGCCGUUCCAGAAAUCGUAAUUCGGCCAACAUACAAACGAAUAACAACAAUAACAAUAUACGUCGUGGUCGUUCUCGUAGUCGAAGUCGUGGACGUGCUGCUGUUGGCUCUGUAAACAAAUCAAAUUUGCCAAUUAAAGCUCGUUUGGGUGUACGUCCGGGUGUGACAGCAAAUCGCGGUGCAAAUAAUAAUAGACGUGGCCGCAAUGCUAGUCUAACUAGACGGGGUGUACAAACAGGUCGUGUACAGAAGAGACGUAAUUCUACAAAUGUAAAUGCGGCUGGAAACGAUAAUAAUGGACGUGGUCGUAUGAGAUCAAGAUCUGCCGUUCGCAAUAACAGCAAUAAUGGUAAUGUGCGUUCACGAUCACGUUCUCGCACACGCAAGGGUCAGGUAGGUCAGCAACGCCAACAACAAGGUUCAGGACAAGUAAGACAGCAACGUAACAAUCGUGCUCCACGCGGACGCCAACAACAAAGACGUGGCAACAACGUCGGCAACGGCCAAAGAGGUACAAAUAACAAUGGUAAAGCUCAAACACAACAAAGACGUGGACGCAGUCGUAGUCGCACCGGACGUGGUGCCAAUAGCGGUGGCAAUUCACGUAAUCAAGGUAAAAACGAACCAUAAAUUGCUGACAGACAGAGGAAUACUUCGUAAACAAGUCAAAUCUUUUUUUUAAUGCAAACAAAAACCUAUUUCUAUCUUUAGGAAAUAAAUCUGCAGCAACAACAAAACCGGCUGUCAACAAAGAUGCUUUGGACAAAGAGUUGGAUCAAUAUAUGGCCACAACAAAGACUGAACAUGAAAUGGAUUACUUGUUAAAGAAUUAAGCGAUAGCUACUGGUGGAUGGAAGUACAAUUUGGUCACAAUAUUAUAACAUUUGCUCCAACUACCGCCGCCCCGCCCAAACAAUGAUAAUGAUUGUGUUUUGAUAUUUAACACUAUACACUUUUGUGUGUAUAGUUGACAUUUUUUUUUUGAUAAAUGUUUUUAUUAGUGUAAUUAGUUUAACUAUCAAUAUCAAAUAAAAAUAGUUGUAAUUUCAUAUAACUAUUUCAUUUUUUUUUAUAAAUAAGUAAUUAUUUAAUUUAAGUCAUUUGUCAUUUAGUUCGUUACUUUUUAUUUCUUUUGCCAUUUUGCUUACAUACACAAAAUACAUAUUUUGUCCAUUUUUUUGUUGUAUAUAUGAGAAAAAAGAAAGAUAAUUGUUUACUUUUUAUUUUUACAAUAUAAUAAAGAGGAAUACAUCAUUUA